GCCUGCCGCCGCUCCCAACGCCCACCGCAGCCAGUCCCGUCGCGGAACCCAACGCGCGCGCACCCUCUCUCCCCCCGAAUGGAGCGGCAGCCUCGGCCGCAGCUGGCCGUGGCGGAGGAGGCCAUCGCGCUCUACGACACCUACUGGUUCCACCGCCUCGUCCUCAACGCCUACUCCCCUCCCGCGCCCCAGCCGCCGCCGCCGGCGCCUGAGCGCGAGCAGCCGGAGCAGGCGCCGGCGGAGGAGAGCAAGAGCGAGCUGCGGCGGGCCCCGUCCGGGCUGCAGCGGCACCGCAGGACGCGGAGCGACGAGGCCAAGGCCGCCGCGUUCCACGGCCAGCUGGAGCCGCUCAAGAUCCCCAACGGCCACCGCGCGAGGCUCGAGACCAUCCUGUCCGGGAAGGACGGCCUGGCCGCGCCGGAGCCGCUGCCCGAGCGCCGGAGGCCGGAGGCGCGGCGGCCCGGCGGGAGGAGGCGGAGGAGCCGCCGCGGGCGGAGCCUGUCGGAGCUGGAGUUCGAGGAGGUCAAGGGCCUGCAGGACCUCGGCUUCACCUUCUCCGAGACCGACGUCGACGCCGAGCUCGCGUCCAUCGUGCCGGGGCUCAGGCGGCUGCGCGCGGAGGAAGAAGCCAGAAGAGCCAAGGCGGCGGAGGCGGCGGCCUGCGCCGAGGAGGAAGCCUGCAGGAACAGGGCCGCCGCGGAGGCCUCCGACGCGGCGCCGAGGAGGCCGUACUUGUCGGAGGCGUGGGAGGACGAGGAGACGGAGGUGAGGCGGGUGCUGAGCAACUUCAGGAUCCCGGCCGCCGCCGACGGCGCUGACCUCAAGGAGAACCUCCGGCUCUGGGCGCACACCGUGGCCUCCGCCGUCCGGUGACUGCUUUGACCAAGAGCCCACCUUUUUUUCCCUUAUGCCGUGCAGUGGGUGGAAUGAUGAACUGUAAAUAUUUUUUGCCAUGUGCAUGCGCAUCUUUUCAAGAUAUUCUAGCAGCAGCCUGCGUUAGUUUAGUCACGACAGUGUAAAAUGUAUUCAACGUUCAAAUUCACGAACAUGUAACUGAAUAUAGGCUCUUGCAAGCAACAAAGAGGAAAUGUGAAAAUAUUGAACCGGUUGA